AGCAAUCCCUGUUUCCCGCUUCCAAGAACAAGAAACCCACAAGCCCUAAUGCCAUUGCCACCACCUCGAAUCUCAAAAUCUCGCCGCCCUUCUCCCUCUCCGAUCUCAUCCGACAUGCCGACGGCGAAUGGAGACCAUUUAAUGGCGGAGCUACAUCCUUCUUCUCCCUCUCCGACCGCGUCCGACAUGCCGAUGGCGAACGGAAACCAUUUCAUGGCGGAGCUGCCGGCUCCGGUGAACAAGGAUGUCGACUUUGCGAAGUACUUCUGCACCUACGCGUACCUCUAUUACCAGAAGGUGAUGCUCUCCGACCGUGUUCGCAUGGAGGCCUACUACAACGCCGUGUUCAAGAACUCUUAUCACUUCCGCAAUAAGGUUGUUUUGGACGUUGGUACUGGGACUGGAAUUCUUGCAAUAUGGUGUGCUCAAGCUGGAGCGAAGAAGGUUUAUGCUGUUGAAGCUACGAAGAUGUCGGACCAUGCCCGUGACCUUGUUAAAGCUAACAAUGUCUACGAUGUAGUUGAGGUGAUUGAGGGAUCCAUGGAGGAUGUUCUUUUGCCCGAGAAAGUUGAUGUUAUAAUAUCAGAAUGGAUGGGAUACUUUCUUCUUCGCGAGUCAAUGUUUGACUCUGUUAUUUGUGCAAGAGAUCGGUGGCUUAAGCCAGAUGGAGUAAUGUAUCCUAGUCAUGCUCGCAUGUGGAUUGGGCCUAUAAGAUCCGACUUAUGUGAACAAAAAUGGAAUGAGUUUGCAAAUGCAAUGAGUGACUGGAAUUGCUUUGCCAAUAAUAUGGAAAGCCAGUAUGGUGUUAAUAUGAAUGUUCUAACAAGGCCUUACCUGGAAGAAAAUGAGAAAUACUAUCUGAAGACGUCAUUGUGGAACAACAUUAAUCCCAGUCAAGUCAUUGGGACUCCUGAUGUUAUCAAGGAGAUUGACUGCUUGACAGUUACUGUAGAUGAAAUCCGUGAGCUUCAUGUAAAGUUUUCAUUAAGAAUCAAACAAGACAAGACAAAACUCUCUGGAUUCGCUGGGUGGUUUGAUGUUCGUUUUCGGGGUAGCACUCAGAACCCAGCAAAAAAUGAAGUUGUGUUAACUACUGCUCCUAGCUUAGUCAAUCAGACACAUUGGGGCCAACAGGCAUUCCUACUACAUCCUUCAGUAAGAGUCAAUGAAGGGGAUGAACUGGCAGUCUCUUUCUCAAUGGUUCGUUCCAAGCACAACCACAGGCUGAUGGAUGUGGAGUUCACUUUUGAAUUGCAGCAGUCAUCUGGGCAGAGACAUUUGCCUGUCUUCUCCAAGUUCUAUAUUGAAUGAAGAUUUAAUAAGUCAGGGGGAGUGUAACCUUUUCGUGAAAACAUCAUAAAGCUACCAAUACAUGCAUUGAUCAUGCACAAGCCAAUGUUUGAGAUGGCUUUUACAAACAUGGAAAGAAAACAUUUAGCAUACCUCACCAAUCCUUGAUGCAGGGCUUCUUUCUAGUUUGAACCAUGCAAAUCACUUUUAAUCAAAUUGUGGCUGAUGAUAACUUUCCUUGUAUUUGACAGACAAUUCAUGCAUUUCAAACUGUGCACCUACACUGAAAUCGAAUUUCACUA